UUCAGUAUUCAAACAAUCAACGUUACAACCAACGGAAAAAUGUGUUCCAAGAUCAUCGUAAUUGCCUGUACCCUUGCCGUGGUAUCAGCUCGGCCACAACAUGAGCAUGACUCGCAUGGUCACGCGUACUCCUCACAGAGCAUCGUACUGCACCAGAGUCAUCCUCAAGAGCUGCGUGAGCCCGCUCACCAAGAACAACAACAACUUGUAUACUUACACCAGCCUGUCCACAGCGUCCAUGCGCCGCAACAACAAGAACAGCAAUAUCAUCAGGAGGACCACCAUGUUGACUACUAUGCCAUCCCCAAGUACACAUAUGAGUACAAAGUGGAGGACCCUCACACGCACGACAGCAAGUACCAGCGCGAGACCCGCGACCACGACGUCGUCAAGGGCGAGUACAGUCUGCACCAGCCCGACGGCAGGAUCAGGAUCGUCAAAUACACCGCCGACAAAAAGAAUGGUUUCCAAGCUGAAGUCAAAUACGAGGGUCACGCUCAGCACAUCGUUCCUGAACAACAUGGCCACCAUUGAUCUGUCAAUACUCCAACCUCUGUGAUAUCUACCAUAAGCUGUUAUGUGAUUGUUGAUUUGUUGUACAUAUAAAAAUAAAAUGUAGUACUGUUUAA